CCUCGUAAAUUUCUCGCUAUUUAUUUUUAGUUUUUCAGUAACAUAGCAGAGGUGCGCAGUUAGAAAAGGAACUUUUGAUCUUGACCAGAGUAGUUCUGUGUUUGUUAACGGACAUGGCUCAGGAGAAGGCCAAGACCCUCCUCAAGAAAACUGUGAAGAAGGAGGAGUUCGAAGCUGAAGAUUCUCUCACUCUUGCCAAUGGCAAGAAGGAAAUAAAGUCCGCUCAGGAGAAGGCCAAGACCCUUAAGAAAACUGUGAAGAAGGAGGAGGUUGAAUCUGAAGAUUCUCUACCUCUUGCCAAUGGCAAGAAGGAAAUCAAGUCCACUACCAUUAAAAAAACCAAGAAGACUGAAAAGGUCAUAGAAAAGAAGAAGAAGAAGAAGCAGAAGAAACAACAGACACCAUUGAGCAAUGGGUACGCUACUGAUGACAAGAAACAGAAGAAGGCCUAUGAUUUUCCUGGUCAGAGGCAUGACCCACCUGAGGAGAGAGACCCAUUGAGGAUUUUUUACGAGACACUCUAUGAGCAGGUUCCCGACAGCGAAAUGGCCGCAUUUUGGUUGAUGGAGAGGGGAUUAUUGCCAGAAGAGGUAGCAGAGAAGGUAUAUGCAAAAAAGCUGAGAGGGAACCAACAAAAAUUAAGUUCACCCUUCAAAGCCGUCUCUGUAAAGAAAACAUCUCAGCUGACACAAAAGAGCUCGCCCAUCAAAGCUGUCUCUGUAAAGAAAACAUCUCAGGUCACACAAAAGAGCAGCUCAGUUAAAAAGGACGCUACAAAGACAUCAAAGAAACGAAAGAUUGAAGAGUCGGACAGUGACGAUGAUCUGAUCUUGCCCAAGAAGAUUAGGAAGUUCAAUGUCAGUUGACUUGCAACACAAAAUCUGUAACUUCGUUGUUUUUUAUGGUUUCCCCUUUGAAAUUCUGCAAAUGGGGGUUUUUUCCAACAAUGAUUUUCUUCAACUUCUCUUUUUUCCUGAAUCUUUUAGGAAAAUUUAUUCCACUGAAAUACAAUAUAUUUGGGACUUCAUCCAUCAAUUUGAAAGUUAUGUGAAUGUGCACAGUUUGCCUUGAUAAUCCUCUGGUUCCGUUAUAUGGAGGGCAUAUUUGCUUUUGUAAAAUCUGAACCAUCCAGUGGAAGAUAAUCUUCUCCAUAAUGGAUAGUGUGGGUGAUUGGGAUUC